AUGUGCAAGUCGACAGUUAAAAACAUGGUGGAAAGUCGAAUUGUCAUACGAAAUUGUGUUAUUAAUCUCACAAAUAUUCUCCUGGAAGAACUGGAAGAAGUUUUGGAGGAAGAGGAAAACACUGAAAACAAGGAUAUGGUGUCGAGAAUGGCUUACACGGAGAAAAAGUCAAGGAGCUUCUACGAAUUUAAUAAGGGAGCUGAGAUCCUAAAGAAUACAGAAUGA